CAGCGAGGUACGAGGUGAAUGUUUUCUUUUUAGGCUGCCAUUUUGGUAGUGCUUUUCGACCUCGUGAUGUCUGUACAACAACCUUCAGAAAACGAUGUCUGGGCUCUGCUGUCGCUCAAGUCAGCGCCAGCGAGUCCCUCAAAGAUUCAAUGGGCUCCAGAACCGCGUGGAACUUCAAUAGCACGAUUGGAAGGAAGGGAUUUCAAGUUUGAUAUGCACAAAACACGCGUUACAAUUGGCCGCAACAGUAGCAAGGGCGAAGUUGAUGUGAACAUGGGACAUUCAAGUUUCAUAUCUAGAGUUCAUUUAGAAAUAACAUUUGAGCAUCCUAAUUUUUUCAUGAAAUGUAAUGGAAAGAAUGGAGUUUUCAUUGAUGGCAUAUUCCAGCGGAAAGGAGCACCGCCUCUGCAGCUUCCAAGAUCAUGUGUAUUGCGCUUUCCUAGCACAAACAUCAAGAUUAGUUUCCAGUCAUUAGUAGAAGAAGAUGUCACUCAGCCAAGUAAUCCCCCACCCCCACCUGCAAGUCCACCAAAGAAAAAAGUUCUGCCACCAUUGAAGAUUAACAUCCCUGAACCAAAUAGUAGCAUACAGAAUAGUCCAUGUCCUUCACCAACAGGAACAAUAAGUGCUGCAAAUUCUUGCCCGACAAGUCCUCGUGCCGGUUCCGCACAUCGUUUGAUUGGUAUGUCAGACAUACAGAUGGCAGCACUGACAGCAGCUGCCCAGCACCAUCGGCAGGAGGCAGAAAAAGUAGUGGAAAGCUCUAGCAUAGUUCAGACUCCUCCCUCAGCUACAUCAGAAAUCAGUGUUAGAGAUGAAUCAAAACCGCCAUACUCUUAUGCACAGUUAAUAGUUCAGGCAAUAACUUCAGCUGUAGAUAGACAAUUGACAUUAAGUGGAAUUUAUGCUUAUAUUACAAAGAAUUACCCAUAUUAUAGAAAUGCUGAUAAAGGCUGGCAAAACUCCAUCCGUCACAACUUGUCAUUGAAUAGAUAUUUUGUAAAAGUAGCUAGAUCACAGGAAGAGCCGGGGAAGGGGUCAUUUUGGAGAAUUGAUCCUGCUUCAGAAGCCAAAUUAACUGCACAGGCAUUUCGGCGGCGGAGACAGAGAGGAGUGCCAUGUUUCAGGGCCCCAUUUGGGGGUCUCUCUUCCAGAUCUGCUCCAGCUUCUCCUAGUCACAUGAGUGGAAUGUAUACACCAGAUAGCUUAUCUCGAGAAGGCAGUCCAAUCCCAGAGGAUGAACUGUCCCAGCAAAUGGUCAUCCAGCAGCAACAGCAACAGCAGAUUGCAUUGUCAUCUGCUGCAGGUCAGAGAUCACAACCGAUGCUACCUCCAUCAGCAGAAGAAUUAAGGUUAAGUCAGUCCACUACAGCAUCACCUGCAAACAAUAUGUUGCAAGGUUCUGGUGCUUUUAACCCAGUCACAAUCACUACAUCAAGUAACAUGAAAGUAGGUGCCGCCCUUCAUCAGUUACCAUCUGUCAUUAGUAAACCCAAGGUCAUCGUCACAAAUGGUACACAGGUCAUGUUAAAUGGACCCACUGGUCUUACAGCUUUGGCUAAUGGUGCAACACAUGUUGAAGUAAAAAAAGAUCCAUCCUCACAAAACCCAGGAAAAAGAUACUUCAUGUUUUCAUCUCUUGCGGAAAAGUUACAAGCAGUAGUCCCAAUAUCCUCUGGUCAGAUGGUUCGGCCUGUAACUCUUGUGGCCAAUCUGUCGGGUCAGCUGCAAGGUCCGGGUGGAGGAGGAGGGGGUCAGCCUACACAGCUAUCGACUGGAGGUCUGCCAGGUGGAGCUACUCAGCAGCAACUGGCUGCUGCAGCUCAGGCAAGUCAGCAGGCUACUUCCCAGCAAAUAGCAGCUGCGGUACAGGCUGGUCAACAAGCUACACCCCAGCAACUAGCAGCUGCUGCACAGGCCGGUCAACAAGCUGCACAUCAGCUCAUGUCAGCUCUUGCUGCACAGAAUACAGCUGUAUCAGCACCUGCUGGAGUCUCAGUUUAUAGUCAGGUUGCACAGUCACCAGUGGCCGGUCAGCAGCCUCUCACUCUAAUAUCCCAGUCUGGAGUACAUCUGGUACAACAGGCCUUAUCUCAGUCCUCGCCUAACACACAAUCUGUUAGUCUGCACCAGUUACAGCAACAUCUGCAGCAGCAACAGCAGCAACAACAGCAGCAACAACAGCAGCAACAACAACAACAACAGAUAGUGAGCAAUUUAGCAACUCAACAACCUGUUUUGGUGACUGCCCUUACAAAUGCCCCGGUAUCCAUAGCAACAAAACGAGCUUUAGAAGAUCAUAUUAAAAUAGAAAAUAUCAAAGACGAACCUUGCGAUAAACAAGUAAAAUUGGAACCAUCAGGAGUUGGAGAGUAGAAUAGAGGGAUUUAUAAAGCAAAAAAAAGUGGCAUGUGUUAACAGACCAUACGUGAUUCAUGUGGCUGAGGUUUUACAGGCCAUACUUGGCUGGGCUUUUAUUCAGUGUUUUAGGGCAAGGAUGGGUUGUGUAUUUGCACUUUGUUUAAAAAAAGUGCUAGUAACACACAGAAAAUGCUGCCAGAAUAAAGACUACAAAAGGAGGAGGUCUCUGUAUUAAUGGACAUUUAAAUAAAUUACAAGACCAUAUUGUUGGCUGAAGUAUUAUCCUGUGUAACUUCUGUGAAGUAACUGUUGAAAGAAAUUGUGAUAGCUGUAUAAUACUGUGAGAUGGAGAUAAUUGCAAUGUUAUGUCAUGGAACUUGAAGGAACCUGUUAAAAUUAAUUUUCUUUGAUACAGUGUUUGAUCCCAACUCGGUGUAUGAAACUACUGGUAAAGUGUAUGAAACUACUGGUAAAGUGUUAGGGAUCUCCGUUUGUUCUUUGUUAUAGUUUGGCAGCUGUUUGUUCAGAUAAAAUGUGCUAUUUCUUUUCAAUCAUUUGUUUAAUUAUAGAUUAUAAGGUCCAUUUCAUGUUUUUAUACUACAGGAUUUUCUUCUCUUUUUUUUUCCAGACUGUUUUCUCUAUUUUUUUUUGCUGUUUUCCUAUGUUUGUAAAUGAUUAAUUAAUUUAUUGUUUGAAUGUUUCAUUUGUUAUUUCUUAUAAAAGUAGGUUAGCCUGGUGAGUUAAAUUUACACAAUGUAUUAGACAGACACACACAAGCACAUACACACAAAAUUUACAGCAAGAAACUUGA